UCGCACAACCGCACAAAAUGUCUUCUAACUACAGCCUCGUUUAACGGAUAGCAACAACAACCGGCAAUCAUUAUCGAACCAUGUGCAAACGGGCCGUUAUCACCGUCGACUUUUCGGUACAAUCCGUUAUCAAAUCCGUUCUAACGACGAGUCCGUUAUCGAUUUUUUUUUCUCGAACCAUAUUGCACCAUAUUGUUAACGUCUUAGCUACUGAAACAAAGUAAUACAUGGUCGUUAUCGUCUCUUAACAUCAUCACAAUCGCAAACGACGUGGAUUUUAGCGGAUCGGUUUGCAUAUAAAUUGAGCACCAACGGACCGUUUUAUGAAGUCAAACCAACUCGCUCGAACCUGACAAACGGCGUAGACUAAUUCUUAUCAAAAUGGUAAGACUCCUACCAAUCGUUUUGGCUGUGCUCUGCGCCGGGUUCACCACCAGCGCGGCCACCUUGCGCGAAGAGUUCGAUCAGCUACUCCCGUACCUCAACAUGGAGCAGGUGCGUGCCAUCUACAACCACUACAUCCAGACGGACGCUCAAGUUGCCGAAAUCUAUUCCUACCUGCAAACCGAGGAUGUCGAUCGUGCCUGGGUAGUGCUCAUCAGCCAGCCGGAACUGCGUACCAUCACCGACUGGACGGAGGUGCGUGGGGUUAGCAUUCGCGACUACCUGAACGGCAUUGCGGCCAUGCUUGGCCUGACGCCACUGGCCGCCACUCGCACCGUCGGCCAGAGUGCCCGGUCCUGGUCCGCCAUGAUGGAGGAGAUUCGCGCCGUCAGCGAUAUUGAUGGAGCUUACCAGCUCGCCCAACAGUUCAUUGCUACGCCCGGCAGCGAGUUCGCCGAGCUGCACCACAUGGUCGGCGAGCUGCACGACGUCUUCCACGAGGUGGCGGAGCAUCCGGACGUGCUGCGCGUUUCGAGCCAGUUGCGUGCAUUCGGUGUCGAUGUCGACCGAAUUCUGGAGGUGAUCUACAUGUUCUUCGGCUGGCACGAUCACUAGAUGUCGGGGUGGUAGAGAGGGAAAGCUCUAAGAAUAGCUUUUCUCCACUCCUUUGCAGUCCAUACCGAACAAGAUCGAGCGAUGCACAAUAAACACACAUAACGUUUUGUAUGUAGUAGCAUAACACAAACUGACUACUUUUUCCCCACGCUAUAUAUCGUUCCGAUCACGCUUGGGGGCGUGCUGGCAGUCUACCUCGCUUGACACGCUACAAACGUCAGCGCG